AUGGAGGAACGAAAAUUGGAUUUAUCUCCUCUUGAUGUCGAUGAAGGUUACGAUAUUACACAAAGUGGUGUAAGUGAGAUUACUCAUACGUUGGAUAACGAGCUUGUUAUCGAUAUACAAAAUUCGAAAAAAAGGAGGCAUAUUCCUUAUAUGUCAAAUUAUUUUUCAGCUUUACAUAAUAAUUCUGAUAAGUUAACGAAGAAAAGGAUAAGCCUAACCAAUGAAUCAUUGUUGAAAAGAUAUUACGAGACCAGGAAAUCUGUUGCUUAUAAUUAUUAUAGGAAUAGUAGUAUUGUGAGUAGUUCUGAUUCUGCUGCUACUCAAAGCAACGAAAAGCUAACUAGUUUUUUUUCUACUGAAAAUAUCUUUGGUUUAUCAGAAGAUCAAAUUAAUUCAUAUACUUUAAUGAAUAACGUUGACUUGCAGUUCAAGGAUGUCAACAAGGAUAAUUAUGACAUGGAUAACAACAAUGAAAAUGAUACCGAGUCUAGUGAUCUAGGAUGCGAAGAACUGUUCAAUUCCGCUGCAUUAACAACGUAUUAUAACUAUUACCAAGGACUUCUAACUGUGGAUCCGAAAGAUUUGAACGUUAUGAAAGAUCAUCAUUUAUGGAUGCCAUCGUUAAGGAAGGACUACAGAUAUUUAUUAUUCCGCAAGGGGAAAUCUACAUUAGAUCCAUAUGCGUACAAAACAUGCCCAUUAUUUAUUGAGGGAACUGGUUACAUUCCAGAGCAAUAUGAUACCUAUGCUGGGAGCACAAUGAUUCCUGGCAUAUUUUCGGAAGUGAAAUUACCUUCAUUGGUUCAUCAUUGUUCUGUAGAAUGUGACGACCAAAUGUAUAUUUUAGGUGGAUUAAUGGCUUGUUAUAGGUACGAUGAAGAAGCUCCAAAUCUUAAUGAUUUUACAGUUAAAGGUGUUGACAACUUACCCCCACCUAUAAUCCCAGAUGUAAUAAAUAAUCCAGCAAUGGUAGACAACCCUCAUCUAUAUGUAUUAUCAUAUACGUCCAGUAGGUUGACAAGACCUCAAUUGUCAGGUAACAUCCCUCCACCAUUAUUAUGCAUGCAAGGUUCAAAAUUAACGGACCGUUAUAUAUUUUACUAUGGUGGGUUCGAACUUAAGACAAAGACACAUGUAGAUGAAAAUGGUAAAUAUCAUUUAGAAAAAUGUGUUUUCAUAAACAAUGCAGGCUACAUUCUGGAUACAUUAACUUUUCGAUUUACUAAGAUAGAUGUCAUGUCUCAACCUUAUAGUUUUAUUUCAUGUACAUCAUUAUCGGCAAGAUUUGGACAUUGCCAAGUAUCUCUAGGAAAUGAAGUAGUUAUAGAACCAAGUACUAAGACUGGCGAUGUUACAAAUACCAGUUACGACGAGUCGAAUGACCAAACUUCAAUAAGUGGAGUAAGUUCAGUAGGGAGUGAUUCUACUUCGAUUUUACGUUCUGCAUCGCCAAUGUUAGACCCAACAAAAUCACUAUCAAACAACACACACCAAUCAAAUGCCUUUUCAGUUUUAGUAUUUGGUGGAUAUACGUUAUCUAAUGGUGAUAAAUAUGAAGCAAUGGAUGAUAUGUGGAAAAUAGAAAUUCCUGUGGUAGCAAGAGGUAAGAUUGGUUAUUACAAAUUUGAUGAAUCUGCAAAUGCAUCAAUGAUUCCAAUUGAUAAUGCACCAGGAAAAUGGCCAUCAAAAAGAGGUUUUGCUGGAAGUUGUAUACCAUCUAUUCCGAUUCCUACUACAAUUAACUCCGAAGAGGAUAUUUUGAAGAAAUUAGAAAAUGAAUUCGAGAUUGAAUAUAAUGCAAUUAGAACUGAUAAAAACUCGUCUACAGCAUACUAUAAAGUUGACCAAAUGAUGAACGAUUCAGUAGACGAAAAAAAUGCUAAUGAAAGUUUUGUGUUUAUCAGACGUAAGGAAAUGAACAAUAGGAAUGAAAAUAUUGAUAUAGUUCCAAAGGAUAUACAGCCUAAUUUUUUCAAGCCUAUUCCUCCAAAAGAAGAAAAAGAAUCAAAGAAGACGCUGGUUCUUUAUGGUGGUUCAAAUUAUUAUGAUGUUUACGGUGAUAUGUGGUGGUUUGACUUGGAUGGAGAAAAAUGGGAAUGUGUUUCUGCCUUUGCAAAAACUGAAAAUAACGACGAGGGAAUGGUUCCUAUCGAGGUUCCAAAUGUCGGACAUUCUUUGUGCCCAAUUGGUUCCAUGCUUGUUUGUGUAGGAGGCUUAACUCCAGAAGAUGUUAACGAUCUUUAUCCUGAAUCUAGAGGUCCAGAUGACAAAUCUCAUGAAAGACAUUCAAAAGAAAAUGACUACGAAGCAGUGCCUGUAGGGUCUGCGUUGUUUACUAUAUUAGAUCUAGAUUCUCAGUGUCUAGAGGGUCAAAAAAUAAAGCAUUCCGAUGACGGAUAUUCACGUCCUGUUUAUACCAAGAUAACUGGAAGAGAAGAAAGUCAGUUAAUAAGAUCGAUAGGAAGUACUGCAAUACAAAUAAAUGGAACAAUUAUACUAGUUGGAGGUUUAGUAGCAGUCCAUGGGAAGUUAACGGAUUUGUACCUGAGAGGAACAGUAUUGCACAGUGUAAUGCCAUCAAUAAGUUUAUCGACUUGA